GCGGCGACAGCGGCGUUCAAUGUCCUAACGGGGAGCGGCGGCGGGCGAGCCGGGCCCCUCCAUGCGGGGGCCGCGGGGCCGCAGCGCUCUGGCCGCCUUCGCGCUGCUGGCGGUGGUGCUGUGGGGGGGAGCGGCGGGCGGCCCGGAGCCGCCGCGUCCGGGAGAUGCCGCGGCCGCCGUGGAGGCCGCGUUCGGGCUGGGGGCGGCCGCCGCGCCCGCCGCCCUGCCCGCCGGGCCCGCCGACGUGACGGUGGAGGACGAUGAGGGCAGCGUGGCCCCCGCGGCGUCCCCCGGAGAGCAGGAGGCGGAGGGGAGCGGAGAGGCCCGGAGCGGCAGCAGAUCUCUAGUAAUUAUCAGCACUUUGGAUGGACGAAUUGCUGCACUGGAUCCAGAAAACAGUGGGAGAAAACAGUGGGAUCUGGAUGUGGGAUCAGGUUCUCUUGUGUCAUCCAGUCUCAGCAAACCAGAGGUAUUUGGAAAUAAGAUGAUAAUCCCUUCCUUGGAUGGGGACCUUUUCCAGUGGGAUCGGGAUCGAGAGAGCAUGGAAGCAGUUCCUUUCACAGUAGAAUCUCUUUUGGAGUCAUCCUACAAAUUUGGCGAGGAUGUGGUCCUGGUUGGGGGAAAGUCUUUGACGACCUAUGGGCUGAGCUCCUACUCAGGGAAGGUGAAGUACAUCUGCUCGGCUGUGGGGUGUCGCCGGUGGGACGACGAUGAGACGGAGCAGGAGGAGACGCUCCUGUUACACCGAACCCAGAAAACAGUCCGUGCUGUUGGACCCCGCAGCGGCAAUGAAAAGUGGAAUUUCAGUGUUGGUCACUUCGAGCUGCGCUAUGUCCCAGAUAUUGAAAGCAGAGCAGGAUACAUUGAGAGCAAUUUUAAAUCAACUAUGAACAAAGAAGAAACAAAAAUCAUUUCGGAUGUGGAGGAGCAGGAAGCUAUGAUGAAAGACACAGUGAUAAAGGUCUCGGUGGCUGACUGGAAAGUGAUGGCUUUUAACAAACGAGGAGGACAUCUGGAAUGGGAAUACCAGUUUUGCACUCCAAUUGCUUCUGCAUGGCUGCUUAAGGAUGGCAAAGUAAUUCCAAUCAGUCUGUUUGAUGACACAAGUUACACUGCAAAUAAUGAGGUACUGGAAGAUGAAGAAGAUCUUGUGGAAGCUGCCAGAGGGGCCACAGAAUCCAGUGUAUAUUUGGGUAUGUUCAGGGGCCAGUUGUAUCUUCAGUCAUCAGUCAGACUUUCUGAGAAAUUCCCAACCAACCCAAAGGCUCUGGAAUCCAAGAAAGAUAAUGCAAUUAUUCCUCUUCCCAAAAUCAAGUGGAAACCUUUAAUCCAUUCUCCUUCCAGGACUCCAGUGUUGGUGGGCUCCGAUGAGUUUGAUAAGUGCCUCAGCAAUGACAAGUAUUCUCAUGAGGAGUACAGUAAUGGAGCACUGUCAGUUCUGCAGUAUCCUUAUGAUAAUGGUUAUUACUUACCCUACUACAAGAGAGAGAGAAACAAACGUAGCAACCAGAUCACUGUUCGAUUUUUUGAUGAUACAAAUUACAAGAACAUUCGCAAAAAAGAUCCUGUUCUCCUGCUCCACUGGUGGAAGGAAAUUGUUGGCACCAUCAUAUUUUGCAUCGUGGCCACAACUUUUAUCGUACGCAAACUUUUCCAUCCCCAUCCGUACAGCAGACUGCGGAAGGAAUCUGAAACACAGUGUCAGACUGAUUGCAAAUAUGAGCCCACUUGUGGAGAUGUUAAAGACAACAGCUGGAGUGAUGUCAAGAACUCUGGAUACGUGUCAAGAUAUCUGACAGAUUUUGAACCAAUUCAGUGUCUGGGUCGUGGAGGUUUUGGAGUGGUUUUUGAAGCCAGAAAUAAAGUGGAUGACUGCAACUAUGCUAUCAAAAGGAUCCGUUUGCCCAACAGGGAGCUGGCUCGGGAAAAGGUGAUGAGGGAAGUCAAGGCAUUGGCUAAACUCGAACAUCCAGGGAUUGUCCGGUAUUUCAACGCGUGGCUGGAAGCUCCACCUGAGAGAUGGCAGGAAAAGAUGGAUGAACAGUGGUUAAAAGAUGAAAGCACUGACUGGCCACUCAGCUCUCCCAGCCCAAUGGAUGUCCCAUCAUUUAAGAUCAGGACAGAGCCAUUUUCGACGCAGGAACACAUUGAAAUUAUUGCCACUUCAUCAGAGGGGGUGGGAUCUGUGGGGAUACCCUGUGGUCAGUCAAAUUCAUCUGGAAGCCAUUUUUCUCCUCUGGAAUUUUCCGAGACAGACAACAGGGACUUAGAGCACUCAGAAGAUCCACUGUUAAACCUUCAGGACAGUGUCCUUAUGGGCUGUGAUGUAGAAGGCAGUACUAUCAACAGUAAUGAGCUGGAAAAUUCCUCCCUGGAAAUUUGCUCUUCAGCUGUUCCUGUUGUACACCUGAAGGAAGGGACCUCCUCUUCCAUUGUGUUUGAAGAUUCUGGCUGUGGAAAUGCUUCUAGUAAGGAAGAUAAAGUUGAUGUUUCACAUGAUGAGAAUCUUUCUGAGGAUAAAGGGAAAAGUACAAAGGAAUCUGAUAACAAGAAAUCUGCUUCAGGAAGUCCCCUCUCUGUUUCUCCACCAAGGCCAACAAGUUUAAGCCUGGACCUUUCUAAAAAUACUGCAGAAAAAGUUAAACCCACGUCUCCAAAGGUGUAUCUUUACAUCCAGAUGCAGCUCUGCAGGAAAGAGAACCUCAAAGACUGGAUGAGCAGAAGGUGUGAGAUAGAGGAGAGGGAAAGGACAGAGUGUCUGCAAAUAUUUCUGCAGAUAGCUGAGGCAGUUGACUUUCUGCAUAGCAAAGGAUUAAUGCACAGGGAUCUCAAGCCUUCCAAUAUAUUUUUCACAAUGGAUGACAUAGUAAAGGUUGGGGAUUUUGGACUGGUAACUGCUAUGGACCAAGAUGAGGAGGAGGAAUCAGUACUGACCCCAAUGCCAGCCUAUGCCAGGCACACAGGACAAGUAGGGACCAAACUCUACAUGAGCCCGGAACAGAUCUGUGGGAACACCUACUCGCACAAAGUGGAUAUCUUUUCUCUGGGACUGAUUCUCUUUGAGCUGCUUUACCCUUUCAGCACACAGAUGGAGAGGGUCAAGGUAUUUAUGUGUUUGGGUUAUCCUCGGAGCAUUUGUUUAAAGUAGCUAUUGACUGGGUGAAACACUGGCAAGAGGUUCCUGUCAGUUUUGAGAAAGCCUUGCAAUUAGCAGCACAACUUCUUUAUCAGCCUUGUACAGACCCCCUGAAUCACGGAAAAUAAAUUGCAGUCUUCCGAAUGUGUGCAGUUGAAUGGAGGCUUUAAUUUCUUUACAAAGCUCCUCUGUUGUCAAGCCAAGUAAGAGAAACUAUUGAACUAGGAUAUCCAAGAACUCAAGCAACAAAUAUAGCUUGUGACCUUAAGCCUACCAGCUUGGUUUUCAUUCAAGAACUGGAACCAUGCGGUGCAUUUUUAUUAUUUCUUCCUUUGUUUGUAUCUGCACUGCUUUUUCACCCAAAGCACUUUGUGAAAAAUUGCUGUUCCUUUUCCUGUAGUGAGUCUUAGCUGUGAGUCUCACUCAGCUUCAGGCCCAAUCUUCCCAUAACUGAUGACCUUCAUUGCAUCAAAUGUGGAUUUGGGAUGUUUGGUGGUUCGUUACAGCUCUUGCUUCCUGUUACAAUGAGGUCCAUCUUGCUCAGGAGCAAGUUCAUAGAGAACAAGGGCAACAGCCAGAAAGGCUUUUCCUCUUGUGCAUGGUGACCAGUGACCUGUGCAGGAGAGAAAGAGUCAUUAUAAUUCGUAUUUAUCAUUUAUAUGUGCUUGGGAGGGGUUACAUUCUCAUGUGGGGAUGGAGUGGGUUUAGCAGAGAGGUAAGAAACAACAACAGCCUGACCAAGUGCUUCACCCAUUGCAGUCUUUUGCUUAAAAUGCUCCAGCUUUUUAUGGCACAAAGGAGCAUAGUCUAGGGGAGGAACUAGUGUUUAAUUUUAACCUCUUGCACUGAAACCAAUUUCAAUUUCCCUAAAUCAGUUUUAGUAAAAAAAGAUUCCCAAUAAAGAGCCAUCCUGGAUUCUCUCUCUCACAGCAGAGACUACAAGCUUUGCCGUUCCAGUUAGCAAGUAAUUAGAAUCAAAUUUAAAUUGCAUCUAAUUCCGAUGUUUUACUUCAAAAAAGGGUUAAAAGAGUGCCCUGACCUCCCAUGAUUUUCACUAUCAUCCUGCUCCUUUUGCUAAAAUCCAGAAGGAACCUCCAAGCCCCUUCAUUGCCAAGUUCUGAAAUUUGGCUACUUCAGUUUUUUUCUGAGUUGUUACGCUGAGGUUUUCAUUGGCAUCAGCCAAGCAUUAGCAUUGCCUGCUGAAGCAAAACAUGCUCUGCCUGACCAAGUAACCCAGCAAAUUCUAGGAAUCCGUGACAACUGGCUGGAAAAAUCCCCAGAGGUGGAGCAUGAGACCUGCCUCUGUCUCAAGCUGUUAGCAGUUGGUCUGUGGCAGUGCAAUUUAUAUCCAAAUUAGAUGUUUUGAAAUAGGUCACUAGUUGCAGACUGAAUUGGCAGAGAAGGAGAAAAGUAUUUUGAAGCAUUUUAAUGUCAUAAAACUCAGUUCUCUUGAGCAGGAGUGUGACUGUUGCCCAUCACUAUUAACUGGUCAGUUUAUACUUUCAGCAGAGUAACAGUGAAUUGAAUUUCAGUUUAACUUUGGAAUUUUUAUAUUUUGUGCUCAAACAUUUGAAAAAGGAGAUCAUUCCUAAAAGAAAUGAAGGGCUGAAUAUUGUGCUUCUGGCUGAACACGGUAAAAGUACUGUCACUAGAUGGAGCCAGUGGCCUUGGUAUGGAAGAAACACAGAAAUACCCAUCACAACUGCUGAUAAAUCUGCUCGUUCCUCCAUAAAUGUUAAAUAAAGACUGGUGCUUGUGUUACUAAGACAGAGACAGUAAUUUCACAUGUCUUAAUACUGGUGUAGACCAUCUUGGGGGUUAUGGGUGGUACACAGAUCUGCUGACUUUGUUGAGCUGAAGUGAGAAAGUACAAGUUUGUGUAUCUGACUGAUUUAAAACUGCAGAGAUCACAAUUCUUGUAAUUUUUGUUGCAGUCUGUAUACAUGGAGAAGCAGCAACUUGUCUGUUCAAGUAUUUUGUGAUUUUUUUAAUCACUAAAGCAAGACUUUUUUAAAAGAAAUUUUUUUCCAUGAGGGUGAUUUGUUUGCAUAGUUUGCAUAUUUUUGAAGAAUAGAGUAAUAUUACUGAAGAA